CGCCGGCCGCACUCGCUCGUCUACCGCCGUACCGAGCACAUCCAAAGUCUAAGCUUAUAUCCACCACGCAAUUCGCGUCUCGCGUGUUUUUAUCUCUUAUCAGGAAAAAGUUACAUUUUGUGAAUUAGUUUGUAGUUUUUCAAAUUUACGCGCAAUCACAACCUCUGUCGAUCCUAAUCAUAAAAGCGAAUCCUUUAGCGAAUUAUUGUGUAGACUAUUGACGAAAAUUAAAUCCGGUUGCGAAAAACCGACGAACAGUAACCACGUCACUAUUAAUGGGAGUUAAUUGUACGAAUGUGUGAGUAUCCGAUAAAUGUGAUACGUGAUUCGGAAGUUUUAUCACAAAGAUCAGAAUUAGUAGUAAUAUAUUUUUUGUGUCUGAUCACCGACGGACGAAUCUACUUGAAAUUAAGUAGUUACUCACAUCACCCUAUCAUACAAACGCCAGUGUAAUUAAUUUCAAUUUAUAUAUAUAGGUAUCGCAAUCAUAUUUAAUUAAUCCUUAUUGUCGUAAUGGAUAAUCGAUACGAGUGAUGAAAAAAACAAAAUAAUAAAUAUCAAUGUCAUCAAAAGCAAUUAGCCUGUUUUUUGUGAGCGACGUUAAUUAAAACUCGGAGAAAAAUAAUUUGAUGACACGAUUUGUGUAAUUGUUUUUUAAUUUAAAAAAAAAUCAUUGUUUUAAAUUAUCAUUAGUAAUUUAUCUUAACUAGUGGCGCAGAGUGAUCUGUCGUGAUAACAAAAAAAAUUAAUUAGUAGAGUAAGCUGGUAUGUACCAGUCUGUGAAAAAAAUAAUUGUGGAAUCCUCAACAGACGGUUAGGUUUGUGCCAGUGAUAUAUUUAUUGAGCAUUGAAACAUUGUGAAUUAUUUUAUUUUAUUUUUCUGCAAUAGAUAACAGCCUACGCAUGUUGUGCGUCAAGAUAAAAAUAGAAAUAAAGAAGAAGAAGCGGUCAUUCACGUGAAAGUAGAGCUCAAAUACAGGAGAGCAAUCGAGAUCAAGUGAAUAAAUUUAUUUGUGACGGAAAGUCGGUGGGCUUUUAGGCCCACCCAUCUAAUUGGUCAAGCUGGCGAGCGCUUUGACCGCUGGUAUGAACCCCCACCACCCGGGCCACUCAGCAGCAUACCCACAUCACCCCUCGCUGUCGAGUAGUCCGCACCACCCUGGUGCCGGAGGACCUCAUCACGGAGGAUACGGCACUCCUGGCAGCGGCAAUAGCGGCGGUGGAGCCGGUGGUGCCAGCAGCGGUGCAGGAAGUAAUAGUACCUCGACGCCGGAUCUGCCCAGUCCCCACUCACCUCUAAGUCACUCAGGACAAGGCGACCCCGGUACACCCUAUGGUUCCAUGUCAGGCACACCGGGCAUGGGCAGCAAUGGUCAUCUUCACGGUGGCGGGGGUAUGAUGGGUGACAAUCCUCAUCACUCGGUCCACACACAUCCUCACUUGCCAGGACACCCCGCGUAUCCUCCUGUCAACCAUAAUAACAACAAUUGCACCUUAAAGCAAGAAGGACCUGCAGGCGCAACGAAUAUGCAAUUCUGCGCGGGCUGUAACGGCAGGAUAGUAGAAAGAUUUUUACUCCACGCGAUGGAUCGUUAUUGGCACAACAGUUGUCUCAAGUGUAAUUGUUGCCACCUACCUCUGAUAGAUUUGGGCGCAUCCUGUUAUCUCAAAAACAAUAUGAUCCUCUGCAAGUCCGAUUACAUGAGGUUAUAUUGUUCAGGCGCGUGUCAUUCUUGUGGAAGCCCUAUACCAGGAAAUGAAUUAGUAAUGAGAGCGGGCGGCUUAGUAUUUCAUCAAAAAUGUUUCGCGUGCAGUAAAUGUGGCAACCAACUGGUUGCCGGUGACAAAUAUUGUUUAUUGUCCGGCGCGCCAAUUUGCGAAACAGACUGGCAGAAGAUGGUGAAAUCAUCAAAUGUUUCGGCAGCGGCAGCAGCUGUGACCGGUAACGGCGGGACAACAGUAAGGAAGGCCAAGGUCGGUCGACCGAGACGGAGCCGCGAAUGAGGCGGCAACCCGGUUGGUCGCCCGAAGAAGGUUCAGCCAAUGAUACCAUUGGCCGCGUCCCCAGUCGCUCAGUCCCCGUCAUCUUCGGUCCAGGCUUCCUCGGUCCAGGCAUCGCCGUCCGGGCUCGUGCACCAGCCUAAUCCCGUCGUUGACGUAGUAGACGUGGGUGUCGGGGGUGAUCCUUAUUCGCCGCCACCGCCGGGUCAUCAGCAUCAGCACUACCACCAUCACCACCACCACCAGCCGCCGCCGCCGAUGGGAAUGGGUCUUCUGGGACUGGCCCACCAUCAUCAGCCGCCGCUUCACCAUCACCUCCAGCAUCAGCAGCCUUCUUACCAAGAGUGGGUGCACUGGGGUGAGCCUUGUGACUGAAUUCCUUUUAAUUAACUUUACUCAGUGGUUACUUAGCUCUCAGUUUCUGAGUGAGUGAACAAUAACUCGAUAAUUAAAUAGAUAAAAGUAAAUAAAUAUAUUAAUAAAUAAAUAAUUAAAUAAAUAAAUAAAUUAAACAGUGUGUGAUAAAAUGUUACGGUAUCAACAAACACUCAGAGAACUCUGGUGAUUAAAAUAAAAACUGGCAAAUAGAGACCGAGUGAAAAUAUUUUAAGUCAUCGACGCUCAUAUUUGUGUCACUUGACGUUCAUAUUAAAUCAUAGCUGGAGAAAAUAAAAAACAAAUGUUGCCAUCAUUUAAGGAGCUUAUUUUUUUUUGACGACCCAUUGAUUAUUACUACUAAUAAUUUUGUACAUCACUGAGGAAAUUGUUUAUUUAAUUAAAAUAAUAAAUAAUUUAUAAUCUAAUUUCGGCUUGAAUUAUUUAAAAACAUAAUUCACAUGUUUUAUUAACAAAUAGACUCUUUUCUUAGUGAUAAAAUGGGAAAAACCAGACAAAAAAAGUAAGAAACAAAUCCUCGAACAUGUAAUAAAUAAUAAAAAUAUUAAAUCAGAGAGUACUUAUAUUUUUACUUGGAAUUAUCCGCACGUGAUUAGACAGUUGACGCACUUGUCAUGUUAAUAAAAAAAGUAAAAUUAAUGUACUAUACGCGAGAGCUAAACUCAAUCCGUGAUUCUGAUUGGUGAUAACUGAGUCACUAAGGCGGAAGUACCUUCGCGUGAUUGUUGCUCAAUUUAAAAAGAACACUGAACACUGUUCUUUUAACACACAUUUGCUCACUAUCAUUACUUUGUUACUCCUCUGUCCAUAAAUUACCGCGUUCAUCCCAAAACGACCCUCGAAUCCUCUCAAAAUUUUAUUUCUGCUUAAUCUUUCAAUCUGUCACUGUCAAUAUUUUGUUUUUUCGAAUCCACAUUAAAUAUUUACUACAGUAAAAUAAUAAUAAUUUAAAUUCAGUGCAUGUUAACGAGUCAAAAUAGCCGUCAGGUAUAUAUAUACAUAUACAUAGAGCUGGAUGUUUUAUGCCGCCAGGUGCGGAAGUACAAAAUUACUCGAAUGAUUGCCAUUGAAAAUUACGACACUGGCAGGUGUUUAAGAAACCUUUUGAUUAUUCUCAAAACAAUCUGUCUCGAUGAUUAAAUAACGAAAUUUUGAAUAAAAAUCAACAAAAGCGAGCCCUCGUAAAAAAUAAAGUACGUAAAAUAAUAAAUGACAGAAUGUAAUUUUAAAAAAAGUCUAAAUGAGUAAAACCGUGGGCUCUUAGAAAAUUAUUUUUCUUUCAAAAUCAUCGGUCCUUUUGCUUGGGCGAGCGCGAAGAGAGACUAAGCUCGUUAGGCGGCCCUUGUUUCCGUGGCCGAGGUUACAGUUAACGGUUAUACCUUUACUAUUAUUAUUAUUAUUUAUUUUCACACAGCCCUCCAAGACCUUGUCCCUACUCAAUAGUCCGCGCGCACUCACUUCCCUCAAAAACGACCGGGAAGUUUAAAAAAAAAUAUUUAUUUUGAUUUUUAAUUUUUCUACACAAAAUUAAGACUAAAUUAUUUUCUCACACGAGCUCUGUAUUAAUCUUAGUCACGGCAUAAAAAAUAAAACGUCACUGUACUUAAUUGCACAUUUUUAUUUUGAGAAUACGCGACUCCGCAAGCAAUAAUAUGUUACAUAUAUAAAUAAUUGUAAAGAUAAAAAGUGGACAGAAUUACUCGCGUAUAAAUAAAUAAUAAUAAUAAAAAUAAAAAUAAAUAUAAAAAUGAGUCAAUUUGAGGCAAAUAAAAUAGACAAUGGUAAGUAAAAAUAAAAUUGAUCUCGAUAAUAUGAAAUUUUUAAAAUCAAUGUAUCCAUGACACUAUCAGAUAACUUUAUCGUCGUAAUUAACAAUUAAUCUAAUCACUUAUUAUUUUUUAAAAUUUUACUUUUCUUUAAAUAUUUUUAUUUUUAAAAUCUCACGACGAUCGAGUCAGGGCGGGAAUUAUCGGACACUUGAACAAAUAUAUAUAACAAGUAUGAGAACAGGGCUAAGCUAAAUGUUGCAUUAAUAUGUAAUCUUUGUACAAUCAAUGAUAUUUAAAAGUGUGAAAUUUUUUUUUUUUAAAUAUCCGCAGCCUAACUGACACUUGUUUUGAUAUCAAACGGAACUUAACAGUAACGCAGUUUGUUCAUACAUGGAAAGAAAUUUUCUUUAAAAAUUGCCGCUAAAUUCACUGCAGUCGUGAGACAUAAUGCGGCGCUUUUAUUUAUUACCAUUUUUAAAAUAAAAAUUACGAAAAAAUUUAUUCAUUUUGCGGUAGACCAUAAAAUUUUCCGAAAACCGAAUAAAAUUUACAGUAGACUACGGUAAAAUUUGUGGAAAAAAAGUUAAAAAUUGUCUCACUUACACAAAUGAUUAGGUCGUGCUAUUCGUCCCACGGUUACAGUGAAUUUAACGGUAAUUUUUAAAGAAAAUUUCUUUCCGUGUAUGAAAAUUUAAGUUUAAGCAAAAGGAAAAUUAAAAUGAAAAUAGUUUCAAAAUAAUUUCAUGUACCUGAAGAUCGGAACGUUUUUCGCGCAACGAAAAUGAAAAAUUUAUGUAAUUUGACUGCUUAAGAGGUAGUUGGGGGUGGCCUGCAAUUUUUGGCUGACAUACUAGCGCGUGUACGAAACAUUUCAAAACUCUAGAUCCAGUAGACUUUUUGUCAUUUUGUUUUUCGAUUUUCGUUUCGCGAAAAACUUUCCGAUCUUCAGGUGAAUUUAAUUUCUAAGUCUUUUGGAAAACUGAUCGUUCACUCGUUUCGUUCUUUAGCAAAUUGUCUUCACAAAGUUCCGUAUACUGUUGAAAACAAUGAAUUCAAAUGAGUAAAUCAUUUAAUAAAAUAAAAAAAAUAUGUAAGAGGAUGAUGAGAUAGCGGCGAGUUUGCCAGCUGGCUAAAAAAUAUCAGGUCAAUUUUCUAUAGUCAAUAAUCUCGAAAAAAAAAAAUUUACAGUAAAAUAUUAAUGUUUAAAAAAAUAAAUGGCCUGAUUUUAUAAACCUCAUUUUUUAUUUUUAUUUAAAAAUUUUUUUUUCCAUUAAGUCCAGCUGGCAAGAAUGUGUAAUUUAAACUUGUAUAUAGGUACAUUUUGUAUAUUGUUAAAAAAAAAAUUUGUGUGAUAUAAAUGGUUAUUUACUACUAUUACGAUAAAAUAUAAAUAAAUAAAAAACACUUUAAUUAUUAAAAUAAAUAAAUCCAUUGAUUAAUUAUUAAUAAUUGUGUUUUAAUGGGUAAUUAAUCCAGAUCAUGAGGUCAAAUUAAUUUUCAAUAGACGGUUGUAAUUAAAUUUUAAAAUUUCAUUAUCAUAAUUACUAUUACUAUAAUUAAAUUGUUGAUUUUAUAUUAUAAUACAAUUGAUUUUAUUUAUUAAACGUAAUUUGAUAAUUAAUUUGGCCCAACAAUCACUUGGUUUCAUUCUUGGACUUGAUAAACUAAUGAAUAAAUAAAUAAAUAAAUUGCUGGUUGUCUUUACAGAAUUUUGCGAUUAAAAAAAAACAAACUCUUGCCCAUUUGUCCGAGAAUGUGAAUAUCAGAGGGAUUGAAAAUAUAUAAAUUAAAAUAAAAUUCGUUUAGUUAAUUUUGUUAUUUGAUUUAUUUUAACUUUAAACGUCGGCGUUGGGGUCUCUAGUCGACCUCAGGCUCUUGUAAGAUAUAUAUUUACGGCACAUACGUUUAUUAAUUAAUUAUUAAUAAAUAAAAUGAAAAUAAAAAUAAAAGUU